GGCUUGUCUCUCCUCUCCAACAUCGGCACGAUCAUCUUCACUGGAUAGAUCACAAUGCGGUUUCUGUGCUUACAUGGGAUGGGCGAGAAUGGACGGGUCUUCGAGGCCCAGACUGCCGCGAUACGCCAUCGUCUUGGCCCUCAGCAUACCUACGAGUGGUUGGAUGGGUCUGUGCCAACAGACAUGGCCCCCGGUCUCGAGGGAAUCGCCAUGCCCGGGGACGAAUUUCUGAUGUACGUCGAUGACAGCCAGGAGAGCCGCAUGACGUUGCUGGCGAAUCUGCGGGAGUUCGUAGCAGCCGAGGGGCCUUUCGAUGCUUUGUUGGCCUUCUCACAUGGGGCCAGCUGCGGUGCUACUCUGCUCCUGCAUGAAUCCCAGCAACGCGAUCAGGCGCUCUCGUUCCGCUGCGCUAUCUUCUUCUGUGGUGGGCCACCCGAGGAUCCCAAGAUGUUGGUCGAAGGAGAUCGGCGCGUCAUGGACGGGGCUACCGACGGCGAAGUGCUGGAUCUGCCCACGGCGCAUAUCUGGGGCCGAAAUGACACUCGAUACGCAUUUGGGCCCCAGCUCAGCGGGUUGUGUAGCAGCGCUAAUCGUGAGGUUUAUGUGCAUGACGGUGGUCAUGAGAUUCCUGGGCCGCGCGAUCCCGAGGCUGUGAUGCAGGCGGUUCAGAUCAUCAAACGAACGCUGGCCAGAGCUACAGCAGACUAGACUGUGUAACGCAAUCAAACACAGUUUUCAUUAUAGCUAUUGAAUACAAGGGGCCCGCUUUACGCCAUAUCCCAUAACCU